AUGCAAAAGAAAUAUGUUAAACAUUUUAUACUCUUUUUUUUCUUGAAUAUUAAAAAAUUUGUUAUCAAAAAUGAUCAUAAUAUAAAUCGAAUUAACAUCGAUAGAGUAUCUAUCCCUAUAAAUAAAAAAAAAUACAAAUUACUCAGUUUAUAUAAUGAUAAAAAAAAAAAUAUAUCAACAAAUAUAAAAAGAAAUUAUUUUCUCGAUAUACAAAAUAAAAAUGACAUUGAUUACAUAUAUGGCUUGAAUUCAGUAUAUUCAGUCCUUAAAAAAAAUGAACGAAAAAUCGAUAAAGCUAUAAUUAACAAAAACAUCAAAAGAAGUAAGAAAAUUCACAAAGAGGCCUAUGAUUAUAUUCUAAAUACAAUAAAAGAGAGAAAUAUACAAGUUGUGUAUAAAACAAAAAAUGAAAUGUGUGAACUAGUAGGGGGUUUUCCCCAUAAUGACAUUAUAAUUGAAGCUACUUAUAGAUAUAUGAAAAAUUAUAGACAUUUUAUAAAUUCUAAAAAAACAACAAAUAAUAAUAUAUAUAUUUGUCUACAUAAUGUUUAUGAUAAUAUGAAUGUUGGAAAUAUUUGUCGUUCCGUUCUAUUUUUUGGGGGCGAAUCAAUAUUUUUAAAACGGAAAAGAAAAAAAGGGGAACAUAAAAAUUAUAUCAAAAUAAAUACACCUAUUCUACAUUCAAGUGUUGGGGCCUCAGAAUAUUUAAAUUUUUUUCAUGUAAAUAAUAUGGAAAACUUUAUUUCAUCUUUAAAAGAAAAAGGAUUCACCAUACUCUCUACAAGCUCCCCAAAGAAUAAUACACAAAUGACAAAUUUUGUAGAACUUAAAAAUGUGAAAAUAAAUAAAAAUGAAAAAGUGAUGAUAAUACUAGGUAAUGAAAGUAAAGGGCUCAAUGAGGACAUUAUAAAAAACUCAGACAUUUGCAUUUAUAUAAAUAAUUUAUUUGAUGAACAAAAUAUUCAACCCAAUUUAAAAAAUACAAAUGAUAAUAUAAUUGUUAAUAGUCUUAAUGUAAACAAUGUAUGCUCGAUUAUUCUACACCACUUCCAUUCCAACAUGCUAUGA